UACUCGUCUUUCCAGUUAGCUGGCUAUCGGUUCUAAUUGUCGUUCGCCAUUCGCGCCAGUGAUCACAGAGCAUGGACGCCAAAGCCUGCCCGAAACUAUGGCAAGACGGCUGUGCUUGUCGCAAGACCAGAGCGCCGAAAAUAGGAGAUAUUCCAAGGCACACGGCAGUAGACGUCGACUUGAAACCCAAAGAACUAGACACCUUCGGCCCCAAAACUAACGCCUUCUCGCCGACCUACCCGAAAAUACACGCGCCCCCCAGCGAUGUGGCGCGAGCGCAAGUCGAACUAGCCCGAUCCUUACAGGAAAUCGCCAAGUUGCCGCCCGCACAACCCAGGUACGAUGUGACACGGAUGCUGGCCGAGGGUAACCGAACGCCAGCCGAGACCGCCCGAGCGCACAAGGAACCAGUCGAGGUGGCACGGAGACGCCAAGAAGUAGCGAGGCCGAAAACCGACGACGUCAGCCGAUCCGAACCGAACCAAUUUGAACCUGUGAUAUUAAACUCAGUGCCUUCCGUUCAGCGUCAGUGCGAGGAUAUCUCGAGCAUGCACGUGAAGGAUGUCAAUCCCAAGAUGCUCAUCCAGUCGAAGUCUUUGGCCGCGAUGGAACCGAACCGACCCAUAUUCCCGAAUUGUCAGUUUUCGCCGUACAACAGCCCCACGAACAGUCCGAGGAGCAACAGGAAGAGGCAGCCGUUGAAGGAGUCGAGGAGAGUGAGCAUAGAGAAGUCCGGGACUUACCUCCAGCUCAACCAGUACAAGCUGAUGGACAGCAUCGGGCAGGGAUCUUACGGCAUUGUCAAGUUGGCUUACAACGAAGAAGACGACACGCACUAUGCCAUGAAGAUCCUCUCCAAGAAGAAACUCCUGAAGAAGGCGGGCAUGUUCGGCAGGCUGCCGCCCCGCAAGGAGGGCCGUUCCACCCUGUCCCCCAUAAACCACCCCCUGCAGAAGGUAUACAGAGAAAUAGCCAUCCUCAAGAAGCUGGACCACCCCAACGUGGUCAAGCUGGUGGAAGUGUUGGACGAUCCGGAUGAGGAUCACCUCUACCUGGUCUUCGAGCUCUUGGAACGGGGGCAGGUCCUCGAGGUGCCCACCCAGACGCCCCUGGACGAGGAAAAGGCCUGGGGGUACUUCCGGGACGUUGUACUGGGGAUAGAAUACUUGCAUUACCAACGGAUCAUCCACAGAGAUAUAAAGCCAGCCAACCUCCUUCUAAGCGAGUUUGGUAGACUACAGAUUGCCGAUCUUGGUGUUUGCAACGAGUUCCACGGUAGUGAUGCCUUUCUUUCGGGCACCGCUGGAACGCCAGCUUUCACUGCUCCCGAGGCCUUAGACGAACGAAGACAGUCGGGAUUCAGCGGGAGAGGUACGGAUAUUUGGUCAAUGGGGGUCACGCUGUACGCCUUCGUUUACGGUCGAGUGCCGUUCUUCGACGAGAACAUCAUCGGCCUGUAUUCCAAGAUAAGGAUGCAGCCCGUGGAGUUCCCGGAGAAGCCCAAGGUUUCCGAGGACCUUAGGGACCUGAUCAGGAAGAUGCUGGUCAAGGAUCCCAACGAGAGGAUAACACUGCCCGAAGUUAAGGAGCACCCAUGGGUGACCAAGAGUGGCGUUUACCCCCUGCCUUCGGAAGAGGAGAACUGCCAGCUGGUGGAGGUGACGGAAGAGGAUGUCGCGAGGGUGAUAACUUCGAUACCAAAGCUGGACACUUUGAUCCUCAUCAAGCACAUGCUCAAGAAGCAUUCGUUCCAGAAUCCCUUCCUGCACCGCCGGGACACCACCGUGGGCCAGACGGAAGCCCGCGCCUCGUCCGUGUCCGUGCCGAGGCAACACCUCAGCCGGUCCGGCAGGUCGAACUCGGCCCCCGGCAGUUACGACUGGCACCAGGAGAAACAGCUCAGCGUCGACCUCGAAUCCGUCGAGGAAGUCAUCACGGACCAGAGCACCGAAGAAACUCACGUGAAUGGCGUCCGAAGGGACGAGAAACGGUGAUAGGCUCCCGGCCGGUCCGCUCGAAUACGUUGAUGGGGCAUCACGUCGUCGUAUUGUCUAAAUUUUUACACGGUUCGCUCCGGAGGUGCGAGGAGUACACGAAAAGUUGGUCGGUCUUCGUUUACGUCCCUGAUCCGUUGUUUACUUCGUAGUAGUUCAAAUGUACCAAGGAGUAGUUCGAAUGUACCAAGUAGUUACUUGGAAUAUAAUAGUCGAAAGGUACCGACGUGUAGUCCGGAUAUAUCCGUGACUGUCUCGUGCACCUCCGGAUCGAACGGGGCGUGGAAUUCUCGUAGGAACGGGAAUAUUCGAGAGCUGUUUGUAAAUAAAUAGUCCAAUUUUUUUGGGCGACACAAUGCGUACGUUGCACUCGUAAGUAAUCUCGUAAUAUUAGCUAAUCCCCAACGCUGCUCUCUGUAGGCGUAAAACGGGCUGUAUUCGUAUACAGGUUGUUUGAUGAUUUUGCCGAUUGUGUUCGUGCUAGGAAAAAGUUUGUCUGUGUAUCAUUUUUAUUCUUUUUUUUUGUCCCGGCAGGGUUCGGUGUAGUUGUAGAGACUCCCUGUAUAUUGUUCGGUUGUUGACGUUUCUUGAACGGCGUGGUAAUAUUAUUUUUGUAGGUCGUAGGUUAUUUGUUUUAUAGUUCGGAUUAUUUUUUUAUGUUUACGACAAUUUUUUUUUUAAUAAAUUUUUUUAUCUUCA